AUGAGCGCCAUCCCAAAUACCAUCCUCCGCGUUUCCUCGUCAGCGGUCCAAGCUGCUGCACGAUCAACCUCAAAACCCUUCACCCGAGUCGGUGUCGUUGUGUCUGCCGGAAAAAUGCCAAAGAUGGUUAAAGUCCGUGUGCCGUCGCCGGUUUGGAACUCGAAAUUACGGAAGUAUUUCCACCAUACAAAAGACCACCUUACGCACGACGAAAACUCUGCCUGUGAGGCUGGUGAUAUCGUUCGUAUCCAGCCAUUUGUAAAGCAUAGUAAACACAAGAAGCACGUCGUCUAUGAAAUCAUCUCGCCGUUUGGUACAUCGGAACGGAAGCCAAUUGAGACACCGGAGGAACGAGAUGCGAGAAUACAGGCCGAUAAGGAUAAGAAGCUUGAAAAGAAAGCUACAAGAAGGGCGAAUAAAGAAGCAAAAUGGGGGGCUAGGGCGGAUAGGAAGCAGCAUAGAUUGGAUAAGGAGGCUGAGAAUGCUGCGAAAACGGAGCUAUAA